CACAAGUAAAGGCCGAGGACGAGGAGGUCGCGAAGAUUGAAUUAUAUGCAUUUCACAUACGAAAUAUGUCUGUGUCUGGAAGGAUGUAAACCACUUGUGAUGCGCAUUUUAGAUCACACGAAAGUCUCCCAUGCAUGGACAGUAUUACAAGGUGAUUAUUUCGUGUCACCGCAAGACGGAAUCUGUCAUGCUUAUUACGCAUUGAAAGACCUAGCCAGGCCCGUGGCCCAUGUAAAAACACCAUGACAGAUACCAGCACUUAUCAUGCGGACCCAGACAUAUAUUUGCACUUGUUGAUAUUGAAAAGAAAGCUGACAAAAAAGCCAAGGCAUCGCUCAAGGGGAAGGCUGGGGACAAACCGCCGGCGGUGGCGUUUUCAUCGCCAGCCGCGGAGGACCACAACAAAGGCAAGAUGGACGCAAAAGAAGGGAAGAAGAGCAAGGCGGAGCCGCCAGCCAGGGGUCGGAAAUCGAAGAAGAAGGCGGGCGAGGAGAAGGAGAUCAAUCGGAAUCCCGAGAAAAUAUAUGGCAACGAUGUGGCGCCAGUGCCACCGGUGGAAGUGGACACUACGCCGGCAGCUACCAAAGCAACAGCGCAGUCGCAGAAGAAGGCAACGAGGAGCAGGCAAGCAACAGCUAAAGCAGGAGCGACGCAGGCGCAGGGCGAGCAGGCUGCAAAGGGGGAGAAAAAACGGAAAAGCUCGAAGGCGAAAGGAGGAAAAGUGCCGACAGAUGAGAGUCAACCUGUCCUGCCGAUCGCGAUGCCCCAGGACGAGAGCGGGAUCUCGCUUGUGGUAUGCAUCAAAACUAUCGCGCUAUUCGUAAGUAUUGCAUCACUAUCGCGUAAGUAAUAUUGCAUCACUUAUGAAUUUUCGUAGCGAAAAAGUCGCAUUUUGAAUUUGUCUAUGCUGAUUUUCAUUUUCAUUUUUCACAUUGCCCUUAAGUCUAAUGUAACUACAAUCUCACUUGUCACGCAGUUGUAUUGCCAUUAGCAUGAGUGCGAUACUUUUGCCAUGCAUAUGAAGCAGGUGGCAAUGACUUCAUCGAGGACGAGGAGGACGACCUUCUUGCGGACAACCACGAUGUGAUUGCUGGGCCGCCAAUGCAAUAUCCCAUGAAAAGAUUAGUGGUGCAGUUCAAUAUACUUGCAGCGCCAGCAGCACAAAUCUGCUCUGCGUGACAGAGAAAAUUUGCAUAUGCAAAAAUCAUAUCUUCAAGAGAAAACAGAGACGCGAUAUGGCACGGGGCCGUAAAUAUCCGACAUGAAAGGGCUUGGCUCUUUUGCAUGGCCUGCAACACAGUGUGCAACUGUAGCACAACCUUUUUCCGCGCAUAAUCGGAAAAAGCGGAAGCUUAAUACCAAUAAGGGCGCCGCGGCCCCAGCAGUGGCGGGUGUGUCUUCAGAGCCGGCCGCGCCAGUUCCUCUGCUUCCGAUACCCACUCCGGAACUUGAUGUAGCCAAAGGGCCAGCGAAACCGAAAAGAAGCAUGGGGAGAAAGAGCAUGGCUCCGGUUGCAGGAGAGAGCACAACAACUUCGAAAAAAAGCACAAAGAAAAAAGACACAGAUCGUGAGUUGUCGGCGAUGAAAACGGAUCUUCCGAGCGAAGCUACGAAGCAGAGGAAGGAUCCUGCAGCUGCUGCAAGAGCGCCCACUCCUGCGGUGAAGAAGAAGAGUGAAGAAAAGCAGAAAAGCGCCAAGAAAACCGCAGCGAAAAAGGAGGCCAAGCCCAGCAACAAGAUCGCGCGAGGCAAACAGGCGAAGUCGCAAGCUUUCAAGGGCAAGAAGGAGAAGACCGCGGGGGGGCUGAAGAAGGACGAUCUGAAGAAGUCGAAAGCGGGGAAGGUUGUCUCGAAGAAGAAGCUAAGCACUGCAAGAAUAACUAUCUUCGCGCCGGGAAAUUAACCAUUUGUGUUGCGUUAUCUAUGGCAGGUCUAUUGCUCAGCAAGGAGCACAAUAGAGUUUGCGCCGUCGAUCUCCCUUGGCAGCGAGAUUUGUCUUGCGUGAUUGAUGAUUGCCACACGUAGUUCAUGCCUGCGAAGAUAUUACUUUUGCACAGCAUAAAACUCCAAGCAAGGCGAAGAAAGCAAGUGGAUUGCUGCCACGGUGGAGGGAAGAAAGUUUUUAGGUAUCGAAGGCUUCUGCCCGAUGGGCGGAAAAACCAAGCAGGGGAAGGCAUAAAACAUUUUG